AUUAUGGCAUCAAUUGAAUUUUUCACAUUUGAUGAAAUACGUAAUCAACUUGAUCCGAUCAUCAUUGAAAAUGAUCGUGUAAAGAAACAUCAAUAUGUAUUACCGGGUGAUUGUAUUACUACGGAUAUUAAUUUUAUGCGUGGACAUGGUACAUAUCAAGAUGAUUUUUUGGAAGAAGAUCGAAUUGAUGAUAAUAGUAAUGAUAAUGAUGGAAAUAUGGUUGAAAAACGUUUAGUGUCAUCAUUGGCUGGAAUUGUUGAACCGAUUAAUCGUUUGAUUUCUGUUCGUCCACUUCGAACACGAUAUGUUGGCGCUAUCGGUGAUGUGGUUGUUGGACGAAUAAUUGAUGUACAACAAAAACGAUGGAAAGUUGAAACAAAUUCUCGUCUUAGUUCGAUAUUACAACUUUCAAGUGUAAAUUUACCGGGUGGAGAAUUACGUCGACGAACCAGUGAAGAUGAAUUAUUAAUGCGUAAUUAUCUAUCAGAAGGUGAUUUGAUUUGUGCCGAAGUACAAACAAUCUAUGAUGAUGGUUCAUUAGGACUUUAUACACGUAGUUUGAAAUAUGGAAAAUUGGGCCAAGGACUUGUCGUACAAGUAUCACCAUCAAUGAUUGCGAAAAGAAAAAUUCAUACACAUAAUCUUCCAUGUGGAAUCUAUCUAGUUUUGGGUAAUAAUGGUUUAAUUUUCAUUUCAAUUUCAAAUUCGACAAGUUCUACUGGCGGAUUCAUACUUGACAAAAGUAUUAUACCAUAUGAGCAAAGAGAAAAAAUUUCCCGAUUACGUAAUUGUAUAAUAGCAUUAUCAACGAAUAAAAUUAUGUUGGAUUAUAGUUCGAUUGUGGCUGCAUUUGAUAUAUCGGAAAAACUUGAACUCGAUAUGAAUGAAAUAUUGAAACCAAAUGUUUCUCGCAUUGUAGCCGAUCAAACACGUAUUCAUUUGCUUCAAUCUAAUUUAAUACAAAUUUGAUUUGCUUUUAUUCUUUUGACAAUUUUAAAAAAAUUUCCAAUUCAUUUUUCUUUUCUAAAUAAAUAUAUACUGUCAUUUGUUUUAUGAAUAGCCCAA